GCAAAGAUCAACGUCCAGAAUCUCUUAAUCCGUGCAAGUGGGACCUUGCCCCCGGUGAGUGUCUUCUCUGCACCGCCGCCGGUGGGGCUGUGCGGUCCUCCUUAGCUGCUAUCAGUAGCUGUUGGAGUGCGCAGUCAUCACUUGUGUGUGUUUGUGUGUGUGUGUGUGUGUGUGUGAGUGUGAAAGCGAUUCUGUCACACGGAGGGGUGUGAGCGGGGCGAAGGGACGUGGACGUGGAGGGGUGGAGUUCACUUCGUGUUUGUGCGACACAAGUGUCGCACAGAAGAAGUGUUCCACACACCUCGAUUGACUGGCGGGAAGAGUGUGUUGGAAGUAGGGAGUGAGAGGUGGGUGGCGGGAAAAGUGUGUGUGACACACAGGGGUGAGGGCUGCUGGGUGGCGGGAAAAUUGUGUGACAGAGAGAGUGAGUGGUGAUUGGGUCCUCGAUGUCGGCCACGUCGAUCGCUGGCCAGGUGUCAAUGGCGGCGGCGCCGGCGGCGGUGUCAUCGCCCGCCUGUUCUUCCAUGCCACGUCAGCAGCUGUCGUCUUCUUCGCAGAGAUGGGAAUCGUCGUCCACGUCAGCCUAUUGCCGCCGUCUUCCAUGUCAUUUCGCGGCAAAAGCUGGGAGCGAGAGGGCAGGCGCAGGAACGAGUCUAUGCUGUCCCCCUCCUUCUUCAGGGCGAGAGCUUAAGGUAGCAGUUAUGGCCGCCGGCGGGCUGUUAGACGUAAGACGCUCGCGCGCGGGGAAAGGAUCCUGUGCUUCCAGGAUUUGCCACGUGGCCGUCUCCCUCAACUCCCUCUCGAAGAAGUCGGCCAUUUUUCGGGAUUGGAGGAGAGAUCAGCGAAGGAAUGCUCAACGAACCUUCAGGGUCGGAUCCUCGGUGGUGUCGGAGCAGACAGCACAGGAGAGCAAUGAAGCUGCUGCUGCAGUUGAAGGCGAGCUAGUGACGGAUGAAGAGGUCUUAUCUGAGCAACGAGAACCUCAGGAGCAACGACAACAACAACAGGAGGAUGAAGAAGAAGUGGGAGACGAUCGUCCACGUGUCUACUCGACAGCCUCUCUGCUGGACGCUUAUGGAGAGUCCCUUGCGGCAGGUGACCUGGUAUCACUCGAUCAGAUAAAGGGCCAGCUUGCGGCUAUGGAGGAGGAGCGUGAGCAGCUCCAUGCUCAGGUGACCAGUUUGUCAGAAGAGUUGCAGAACGGGAAAGAGAGGUUCCUUCGUCUAAACGCAGACUUCGACAAUUUCAGGAAGAGAUCGGAGAGAGAGAAAGCUUCUCUUGGGGACUCUGUCAAGGGUGAUCUUAUAGAGAGCCUGCUCCCAGUUCUCGAUAACUUCGAAAGAGCCAAAGGGCAAAUCAAAGCGGAAACGGAGAAAGAAAAAUCAAUUGAUACCAGCUAUCAGGGUAUAUACAGACAGUUUGUCGAGACCUUGAAGAGCGUCGGACUGAGGCCGGUUGAAACAGUCGGUGUCGAAUUCAAUCCCAUGUUUCAUGAAGCGAUAAUGCGCGAGGCAUCUCCUGAGCAUGAAGAAGGCAUUGUGAUGAGGGAGUUUCGAAAAGGUUUUGUGUUGGGUGAGAGGCUGAUAAGGCCUGCGAUGGUAAUGGUUUCUUCAGGACCGCCGGCGGCCGAAGAGGCGGCACCUGCACAGGAGGCACCUGCUGCAGGAGAGGAAGUAGGUCAGGAACAGGCGCAAGUAGAAUAGGCAAUAGGGCGUAGAGGAGAGGAGGGAUGAGGAGUGUAGCGGGCGGCGGGAGGGGAGGAGGAGGGAGAUUGCAGGGGACGCGUCGAUGGAAAUGAAAUGGAGAUAGAAAUCCGUUGUGGGUUCAUCGGAGACAGAUGGACGGAGGAACGGGAGAACAAGAGGGGAGAAGAUAGCCAAGCAUAGUCCCAACUAAUAGAAUGAUUAAGGUAAUGAUAGUCCCAACUAAUCUAAUGAUGAAGCUAGUCUUGAAAUUGUCUUAGUAGAAUAUUCUGUGAUAUGUUUCUGUGCAGAUUCGCUUAGGUCAGGAAAAAUGGUCUCUGGUUCGCUGAUGAGUGUGUGUGUGUGUGUGUGUGUGUGUGUGUGUGUGUGUGUGUGUGUGCAUCAGUUCAAUUUUCAGGCAGGAGUUUUUUGUUC